AUGCCCAAAAAGAACCAGACUGCCAUUUAUGAACACCUGCUUAAGGAGAGGGUGAUGGUGGCCAAGGACGUCCACAUGCCCAAGCACCCCGGACUGGCAGACAAGAAUGUACCCAACCUUCACAUCAUGAAGGCCAUGCAGCCUCUCAAGUCCCAAAGGUAUGUGAGGGAAGAGUUUGCCUGGAGGCAUUUCUACUGGCAUCUUACCAACGAGGGCAUCCAGUAUCUCCGUGAUUCCCUCCACUGGUUUCCUGAGAGCGUGCCUGCCACCCUGUGCCACAGCCAUCCUGAGACUGGCAGGCCUCAGCCCAAAGGGUCAGAGGGUGAGUGGCCUGCAAGCCUCACCAGAGAGGAAGCUGAAAGGGACAGCUACAGACAGAACACUGUUCCAGUGUAG